UCGAAAAAGUCUCGCCGUCGCCCGUCGCCGACUCUCUUCAUCCUCCCUCCGCGGCGAGCCAAGCCGCCAUUGUUGCCGCGCUCCUCCGCCGCGUCAUCCCCCCUGUCGGCGCCCCCCCCACAGCAGCAGCUUCCUCCCACCGUUUCUUCCUCGCCGGAGUCCGCCAACGAUGGACCCCGCGGCGCCGGGGAGGUUCGACAUCCUCCAAAAGUCGUUCAAGAGCGCUUCCAAGUGCCUCCUCACUGCAUGCUCCCGCGAGGUUGUCAACAGGGCUUUCCCGUCGUUCACGGAUGCCGAGAGGGAGCGUCUGUACCGAAUGCUCACCCGCGUGAUGAAGGCUAUGCAUGCCAACAUAGAGGAGGAGUUUGACGAAGUCUGCCAAGAAAGACGGGUUGCUGCUGCCCUUGACAAGAUAGAUGACUUUGAUGAAGAGCAAAAUCUGGAUGUAUUAGCUUCAGAGAAGAACAGCAUUGAAGAAAUCGAAGAAAAGGUAUCAAGGGCAAAGAAAGAUGAAAUUGAACAUUUGACAGGUUUACUGAAAAAGGUUGAAGAAAGUAACAAUGCCAUGAGAGCUCAAAUUGAACUUCUGAAGAAAGGAGAGGAUUCAACUGCAUCAAGAGAUGCCUUCAAUAAGCUGACUCAACUAAAUUCUGCAUUGGGAGCGUGAACAAUGAUGGUUGAGCCUGUCUGAUGAUUACUCUCAAUGAGCAUCUUCUGUAUAGGGGUGUGGUAGAUGUUACGUAGAUGGGAUGACACAUGUUUCAGGAAUUAGCCAGGAUGCUAUCAGAUGAUUUAUGAAUCUAAUUUUAUGUACCGUAUAACAAACGCAGUUGUGUUUUGGAUAUGAACCUUAGAUCCUGCAGUUAUUUCUUUUACAUCAUGCGUAGCUUCAGUUCCUGCAAUCA